UAUUAGUCACGUGCAAGUCGAACUUCGAGGUUUCGGGUUAUACUUAUGUCCACUGUCCAGUCACCUCCAGUGAUCUUCGGCCCUGUGUCCAAUGGACCACAAUUUGCCUUGGAGUCAAUGGGCCACGGUAGUGAUAUAACUCCUCUUGACACCAGGCCAUGUGUCACGAUCUCUGAGCUGCCCGUGAUGGAUGUUUCCAACGUACCGUUUUUUUUGCCUCAUGAAGUUUACCGGAGACCUAGAACUUUCUUUGAACGUUAUCUAUGGGUGGCAACCUCGGGGUUAUUCUACUGCCUUUCAGCGCGUUAGACCCACUCACCGGGAAGCCACGGACGCCUGCAAUAUGUUAUCAUCAAAGAGCAUCGAUACUAUGUACGCAUUAUUCACUGUGUAGCUGUGAUGCAUGUGGAGGCAUAGCUGUUUGCAAGCCCAACUCAUGUGAUGAUAAGCAGGACGUAGGCACGGGUGGUGGAAAGUGUGCUCGUGUCGUUGGAGACUUCAUUUCGCUUGUCAACACGCACACGCCUCGGAUCUCUUUCCGUUGAUAAGACGUACAAGCGCUCCAAUCACCUUCGGACGGCUGGGUGCGAAAUGAGAUCGAAAUGAAAAGGAGCCUCGAGAAGUUAGAGCGCAAGUGGAGCUCAAGUGGCGCGUGCACAUGGCAGUCACACGAAUGCACCGUCCUUACAUAUGUACGUGCGUCAUGCGACGGCCUAUAUGAUCUAUUCUAGUUGGUCGACAUGUGUCAAAACCUUGUUUUGAACAAGUCAAUGCUAUUUGGUGUAGCUCAGGACGAUGCUUCUGAACGCUCAUUUUAAUCCGGUUUACACCUUACGUACUACGUGGAGAUCACCAACGCCGCAAGUUCACCAUGAGCAUCAAACUUUCUAACAACCGGAAAUUAUUGUUCUUUUGCUGAUCUAUGUAGUUGUAACAAGAUAUGUACCCAUCUCGCUUACAAUGUGCCUACGAUUCACAGGACGACAUCAAUGGCACGUUCAGGAUCUCGUCCCUACCAUCAGUAAACCGGUGAG